AUGUCAGAUGAGGGAGAUGAAGGAGAAGGCGGAGGAGAUAUAGAAGAGGAGGAGGCAGCAGGCGAGGAGAGCAGAGCAGAGGAGAGGAGACAACAGCGCCUCGACAGGGCACAGCAGGGAACAAGACAGCUUCGGCAAAGCGAGGGACAAGGCCAGCAGAGGGACGAAGGGACAGACGGGAACGAUCGCCCCGGGUUUAAAGGAAGCAGAGCAGCCAGAGAGGUCAAGCGGGCCAGGGACCAGGGUUUUAAGCAGAGGGACCGGUCUGUGGAGAAGCGGACGCUUUGGAGAAACCAAUGUCUCUUGCAGGCUGCGUGCGGGCUGUCUGAUUGCAUCCAGUGCUUGGGACAGAGUAAUGUUUCUGCUGCUGCUGGCGAGGAUUAUGAUGAUGAUGAUGGUGGUGGUGGUGGCAUUCUCAGGGGGGCCAUUUUGAUAUCUGACAAUCUGCCGUCGACACCCCCCUGA